AUCACCAAAAUAAGCCCAUCAAUAAAGAAAAUACAAACUCAACCAUGGCAAUUCCAAAAGCUCACUACUCUUUAGCAGUUCUUGUCGUGCUCUUUGUCGUUUCGAGUAGCCAAAAAGUCUGCAAUCCAGAAUGCAAGGCCAAAGAACCCUUCCACUGCGACAAUACUCAUGCAUUCAACCGAACUGGAUUUCCCAAGAAUUUCACUUUUGGUGCAGCUACUUCGGCAUAUCAAAUUGAAGGUGCAGCACAUAGAGCACUUAAUGGAUGGGACUACUUCACUCAUAGAUAUCCAGAAAAAGUACCGGAUCGCAGUUCAGGAGACCUUGCUUGUGAUUCGUAUGAUCUUUAUAAGGAUGAUGUCAAACUACUAAAAAGAAUGAAUGUUCAAGCAUACCGACUCUCAAUAGCAUGGUCAAGGGUCUUACCAAAGGGAAGACUGAGUGGGGGAGUGGACGAGAAUGGGAUAACAUACUACAACAAUCUCAUUAACGAGUUGAAAGCUAAUGGCAUAGAACCAUAUGUGACUAUAUUUCAUUGGGAUGUUCCCCAGACUUUAGAAGACGAAUAUGGAGGCUUCUUAAGCCCACGUAUAGUGGAGGACUACACAAACUACGCUGAGCUUUUAUUCCAAAGAUUCGGAGACAGAGUCAAAUUUUGGAUCACUUUAAAUCAGCCUUUCUCUCUUGCAACCAAAGGUUAUGGAGAUGGAUCAUAUCCACCAGGCCGGUGCACUGACUGUGAAUUUGGAGGAGAUUCCGGAGUGGAACCUUAUACAGUUGCACAUAACCAACUUCUAGCUCAUGCGAAAGCUGUAUCUUUAUACAGAAAAAGAUAUCAGAAAUUUCAAGGUGGUAAGAUUGGAACAACCUUGAUCGGGAGAUGGUUCGCCCCACUAAACGAAUCUAGCAACCUCGACAAGGCUGCUGCAAAACGAGCAUUCGAUUUUUUCGUUGGAUGGUUCUUGGAUCCAUUGGUGUAUGGAAAAUAUCCAAAGAUAAUGAGAGAGAUGGUAGGAGAUAGAUUGCCAGAAUUCACAUCGGAGGAAUCAGCUUUAGUAAAAGGAUCACUUGAUUUUCUAGGGUUGAACUAUUACGUUACACAAUAUGCAACCGACGCACCUGCUCCGACACAACCUAGUGCAAUAACGGAUCCACGAGUUACUCUUGGAUUUUACCGCAAUGGAGUUCCUAUUGGUGUUGCUCCUAGCUUCGUCUACUAUCCUCCAGGAUUCCGUCAGAUUCUAAACUACAUCAAAGACAACUACAAAAAUCCACUUACCUACAUCACCGAAAAUGGAGUUGCUGAUCUUGAUCUUGGAAACGUAACGCUUGCAACUGCUCUUGCCGAUAAUGGACGAAUUCAAAACCAUUGCAGCCAUCUCUCUUGUCUCAAAUGUGCCAUGAAGGAUGGAUGCAACGUAGCAGGAUAUUUUGCAUGGUCAUUGAUGGACAAUUACGAAUUCGGAAAUGGUUACACUCUCCGGUUUGGUAUGAAUUGGGUCAACUUCACUAAUCCUGCUGAUCGAAAAGAAAAAGCUUCUGGAAAAUGGUUCUCUAGGUAUGAUGGUGAAUGCAUAGGUAGAACUUACUGGAAGUUUGUGCUGUUUAUUAGCAAAAGAUCAAGCGUUGAGACCAUGCAGCUCAAGCUGAAUCCUCAUUGUACACAAAGAGACAUCAAACCUUUGAUUAACAUUGCAGUUGCUCGAUCCUUGAGAGAGCUGAGAAUUGAGAUGAUUUGUGAGUCCUUCGAGUUGCCCAAAAGCUUUUUCAUGUUUUCACAACUUCAAACUGUUAUACUUGAGAAAGUAAGUUUGGAGGAUGUUCCACGUAAUGCUCAUUUGCCUUGCCUCAAACGUCUCCACCUUUUAUCGGUCAAGUUCAUGGGGGACGAAUCUGUGAAAAAACUUCUAAGCAAAUGCCCCAUUCUUGAAGAGUUGGUAGUGAAACGAAGCUCCCUUACCAAUGUAAUGAUAUUUACUAUCGAUGUGCCUUUGCUGAGGAUCUUAUCUAUCGAUAAUACUUCUGGGAAAUCUCGGCCUGAAGGUGUUCAUGGAUUUGUGAUAAAUGCCCCUUCUUUGAGAUGCUUUAGCAUUAGGGACAGCUUCAGCAACUAUUUACAGUUUGAAAACAUGCCCCAGCUGGUCAAGGCGAGAGUCAACGUUGUUUAUGACGAACCUGACAAAGAGGAUCAUAAAUCUGAGACUUGUGGCGAGAAAUAUUUUAAGAAAGAGAAGACCGAUCUAAAGCCCCUCAACUUGAAGAGAAGGCGUGUUGAUUUGGAGGAUGAUACGACGAAGAAGCCACAUGAAGAUGUUACUGACAUACUAAGUUUCGGUUCAUUGAUAAAGAAGACUAUUAUAACAGAAAAGAAGCUGGAAAACAAGAAAGGGGAUGAGAUGGUAAAACUGUUCGAAGCAGCAAAUAAAUCUGUUGAUGUGGCCAACACAAAGGGCGUUCUCUCUGGUAAACGAGAGGCGUCUCGUUGCGUUGACGCUCUCUUGUUACUGAUGAAAAUCAAUAUUACUCCAAAACCAAAAGAACCAAGGAGGAUGAUGGAUAAGCUUGAGGGACUUACAAAACAUAAAGACCGCAAGAUUUGCCAUGUUGCAUCAGCCCUUCUUCACUUUUGGAGACAGAGAAUCAGAGAACAAGAACGUAAAGAGUCUGUGACCAAGACGUUUACUAACAACUCUUGUAAAGCUCAUUAGAUAUUUUUGGUCAAGGCUUCAUUAGAGAAUCUACAAAUAUGUGAAGAUCAUGGCUUGAACAAAGAAAGUCUCUAAAUAGAACUUAUCAUUUGUA